AGAAAUCAUAGAAGUGAUCCACUAGUGCUUCUCCGAAACCUCAAUUAUUUCUCCUUUCUCCCUCCAAAAUCGCUUGGAUCUCUUCUCAAGCACAAUUUUUUUUUUCCACCAACUAUUCAAUUUCUCUCUCACUUUCCUUCAUUUUCCGUCAUUUUCCGUCCUCAGAUCACCGUCACCGUAUUUUAUAUCAAUUCACACUGCUAAUUGACUAAUUGAUUUGAUUCCAAUUUCCAACGCCACAAAGAUCUAGGGUUUCCGCUGAAUCCCGCAGCUCCUCAACCGCAUUCAAUCAUCCAAUUGUUUACACGUUCUUCGAUUCAAAGCCAUUGAAAUUCAGCUCGCUACAGUCUCGAAAGAAUUGUAAAAGAAGAAUUUUGAUUGAAAGAAUCGGUGUGAUUUUGAUCUAUCUUUGUGGUGUGACAGUUUUGUGUUCUGGUGAAUGAGAGAUGAGCAUGGAGGUGGUCGUCGAUGCGGCGUCGUUGGACGUCGAGCUGUUGCAGCUACCGGAGCUUUCCGGAUUGGCACUCAAGUCUAACCUCAAUUUCGUCGAGAAGCUCUUCGACCAGUGGCUUUCUCUUCCAGACAGCAAUCGACUGGUAACAUCACUGCUCAAUGAAGCAAAGUCAGGUGCUCCUUUGAACGUCACUGGAAAUUGCUCUAGUCCAAAUGCUUCAAGUAAUUCGUUGCCUUCCAUGUUCCCUGCUGGCACUGCUCCGCCUCUUUCACCAAGAAGUUCAUCUGGUUCCCCUCGCAUAGUGAAACAAAGAGCUGGCCCUUCCAAUUUGAGCUCUCCUUUGAAAGUUGUCAGUGAGCCAGUUAAAGAAGUGAUACCUCAGUUCUACUUUCAACAUGGACGUCCUCCUCCAAAUGAACUGAAAGAACAAUGCAUGUUAAGAAUUGAUCAGUUAUUCCAUGAUCACUUGGAUGGCCUGCAGAUGCAUGAAUUCAAAUUACUUACCAAGGAAGUAUGCAAGCUGCCAUCUUUCUUUUCAACUUCACUUUUCAGAAAGAUUGACAACGGAACUGGUGUUGUGACAAGGGAAGCAUUUAUUGAUUAUUGGAUUAAUGGCAACAUGUUGACAAUGGAUAUAGCAGCUCAAAUAUUCACAAUUUUAAAGCAACCACAUCUGAAAUACCUUACUCAGGAUGAUUUUAAGCCUGUACUACGUGAGCUUUUAGCAACUCAUCCAGGGCUGGAGUUCCUACAAAGCACACCGGAGUUUCAAGAGAGAUAUGCUGAAACUGUAAUAUACAGAAUAUAUUAUUACAUUAAUAGAUCUGGAAAUGGCCGUCUUACCCUGAGGGAGUUGAAGCGUGGAAACAUAAUUGAUGCGAUGCUACAUGCAGAUGAAGAGGAGGACAUCAACAAGGUUUUGAGAUACUUCUCGUACGAGCAUUUUUAUGUUAUAUACUGCAAGUUUUGGGAGCUGGAUACAGAUCAUGAUUUCUUGAUAGACAAAGAGAAUCUUAUCAGAUAUGGCAACCAUGCACUUACCUAUCGAAUUGUUGAUAGAAUAUUUUCUCAGGUUGCAAGAAAGUUUACCAGCAAGGUUGAGGGAAAGAUGGGAUAUGAAGAUUUUGUUUACUUCAUACUGGCAGAAGAGGAUAAACCAUCUGAGCCAAGCCUUGAAUAUUGGUUCAAGUGCAUAGAUUUGGAUGGAAAUGGAGUUCUUACACGGAAUGAAUUGCAAUUUUUUUAUGAGGAGCAAUUGCAUCGAAUGGAAUGUAUGGCCCAAGAGCCUGUGCAAUUUGAGGAUAUAUUGUGCCAGAUGAUUGAUAUGAUUAAACCUGAGAAUGAACACUUUAUAACUCUGCGCGACCUGAAAGGUGGUAAACUCUCAGGAAGUAUUUUCAAUAUUCUGUUCAAUCUAAACAAGUUCAUGGCCUUGGAAACUCGGGAUGCAUUUUUAAUUCGUCAGGAGCGCGAGAAUCCGACAUUAACAGAGUGGGAUCGAUUUGCUCAUAGAGAAUAUAUUAGGCUUUCAAUGGAAGAAGACGUUGAAGAUGCCUCUAAUGGAAGUGCAGAAGUCUGGGAUGAAUCACUUGAGGCUCCCUUCUAGGAUUUUAUGUGGGACGAAAAGAAAUUAAUGCCCCAGAUUUAAUCGAGUGGCCGUUGCUCAGAGACAUUGGACUUGGUAUCAUCUCAAACUUUUGCUACCUUAAAUGGGAAAUUCCAAGGUUCUUAUUCUGGAAUAUGUUUUUUUGGAUGGGCAAGCUGCAACAAUAUUCAGAUAUUUCUGGGGGGAGUGAUGUACAUUGGGGCCAUUGGUCAUGGAAAUUUUGUUGCUUUGUGUACAAAUAUAUCCAUGCAAAGUGCUGAGAAGUGACUAGCCCGGUGCUUGAAUUAUAUUGAAAUUGAUAUAUCGUUUUCAGUAUGCUUGUUAUUUGGGGUCACCUAAGUUGUUCCAAGGAAAAUUAAUUGAAAGAUUUUCUCACUUUUGGACCUUUUUUGUUGUUUUGCUUCAGUGGUCGAGUCACUUUACCCUCGGAUCUCUCUCCAAGAGUACAUUUUAGUUUUUUGUCUUGUUUUGUUCCCAUCUUGUUAAGCCCAUUAAAGAAUUUAUCAGUAAUGAUACAAUAAUUGUAUUAUUUCCCCUACACAA